AUGAAGGUUGCUGUGAAAUGUUUGGAAAAAGGCAAUAAUGAAGAUUCGGAAACAAAUAUUCUUCGAGAAAUCCGCAAUCUACAAGAACUCAAGCAUGAAAAUAUUGUCACAUUCCAUGGCUCCUGUCGCCAAAAACACAUAUGCCUCGUUUUCGAGUACUCAGACUGUGGAUCACUCUACGAUUAUUUGCAUCUAGAGACCGUAAAAGUUUCAAACAUCAAAAAGCUUCACUGGAUGUUGCAAUGUGCCAAUGGCAUGGAAUAUUUGCACAGCAAAAAAACAAUUCAUCGCGAUCUUAAAACACAAAAUCUAUUACUUUUCAAUAAUUACCGCACAUUGAAAAUAUGCGAUUUUGGUACUGUAAAACAAUAUGCAACAGAAAAUACGGAACUGAUUGGGACAAUUGGUUAUAUGGCUCCAGAAGUUUGUACUGCUGAUGGUAAAUAUACGGAAAAGUGUGAUGUGUUUAGCUAUGGCAUCACUUUCUGGGAAGUUUUCGCUGAAAAGAAGCCAUUUGAUGACUUAAAAAAAAAAAAUAUACACUCUUUGGCCAUCCAAAAUAAAAUUAUGAAAGAUAUGGUUUUGGCUGUAAAGCACAUUGGCGAUCUGGACAUUUUGACAAAAAAGUGGAUGUGA